AAGCGUGCUCACAUUUUGUAAUAUUGUUAAACACAAUAGUUGCUUUCUCCAUUGUUCUUAGAUAAUUCCCAAAAAUGGAGAUUCUGCGGAGGGCGUGCCGUGUCCCCUUGUUUAUCGCAUUAUCCUGGUGUUUGUUAAUGCUAUAUGGAUCACACUUUGUCAACGGGGAGUCGGAGAGAUUAAAACGAGGAAUCAAAGACGCAGUGUCAAAGGACUCUUCAGGGUAUUCACCAGGCAGGGAUGGAAAAGUGCAAGCGCUGACAACACGUUUGGAAACUGUUGAGUCAAAACUUGAGACUAUGGAGGCUGCAGAGACAGAAAUACUAAGGACUUUACAAGAUGGAUUUAAAAAUAUAUCACAACGUGAGGAGAAAAUGGAAGACAAAAUAAAAAAUAUAUCUCAAAAGAUCCAAGAUGUCGAAGUCUCACUGGAUACCGAUGAAAAUUAUUGGAACUACUCAACUGUAUGUGGAGGCAUCAUGAUAAGUCAAGCAGGCAAAAUCGCAUACACAGAACCAUUCCGAAUAGGGGCAACAUAUACAAAGGCCAGUUGUGUUUGGACGAUCAGAACAAAUUAUCGAUCAAAAAUUCAUAUCCAAGUUACCAGUUUUAGCCCAGUAAUUGUUUCAGAGUUGCUGCUGAGUGACGACGGUUCUCACACGGUCAAUCAUACCACAGUCGGAUCAUCAAGAAAUUAUAUUUUCAACGGCCCAGUAAUAUUUGUCACAUCGCCAACAAGAAGUUUAUCAAUGACGUACAGUGGACAUGGAAAGCUUAUUCAUGAAAAUGUGGAUUUUCAACAUCAUUAUGUCAACAAUGCCAAUGGAAGUUUCAACCUCAACGAGAGAUCUGCGUCUCAAGCAGAUGGGAAAUUAACGCGUGUUUUGUCCACCUUUGUUGCAAAAAUUGACCCGAGUAAUUUGGUGGAGCUAAGCAUCGUUGUUCCAAAAACGUGUCAGAACUCUUCAUUUUAUGUCCAAACUGGGGACGAUGAUUUUGAGACAAGUAUAAACAACAGCAGCAGUUGCUGUUUGGAGAACCCGUGCAAUAUCCGACGUUACACGCUGGAUGGUUGGUUUUCUACAAGUCAUUCAACUUUGCUUCCGAAUCAUGACACGAUGACAUUACACUGGAAAUCUCGUACUAAUCAAAGCGAUUCAAUUGACAAAUGUGGAGGAAUUAUAAUGGGCAAAGGUGGACGAAUUUCCUACAAAAAAUUUUCUACCUAUAGGAACAAUGAGCGAUGUGUUUGGGUAAUUUACCCUUUUCCUAAGAAGGCCAUCAAAUUUUUACAAUUUUCCAGUAGCUUCGAGACAACGUAUGACCACCUCACAGUUUUGGAAGUUGACAAGGACAAUGUUGAAAGCACAUCAUUAUCUGCUCCGCUCACUUUGUCGACUAUGAAAAAUUACACGGGAAGAGUGUUGUUGGUGACAUUUUACACAGAUACAUCAAUUGCUCGACAAGGAUUUGAGCUGAAUUGGGAAGCUGUAGGACCUUCGUAUUUUACAAGAAGUCUAGACAGUGAAAAAAUCCUGCAUAAUAGUUUCAAAGAUUCCGACACCAAUCACGUGUCCUUGUUACAUAAAGGGUUUGCCAUAUAUGUAAUGACCAACAGGGAAUUAGAUGGCGGAUCACUGGCCAUAAGUGCGAGGAGAAAGCAAGGACAAAAUUGUGUAAAUGGCAACAUUAAAAUCAUCGGCACUAGUUCAGGGCACAUUGAUAACAUUAACCUUUUGACCACCAACCCAUGCACUAACCCAGCAGUUUGGAACGUUUCUAGUCCUGAUGGAAUAGGUUUCAUUCUGUUGGAGAAUAAAGAUGCUCAAGGAGGAUUGGAACUCGAUGUUUCAUGGAAUUUUGUUGCUCCUGAGACAACCGAUGUCAAUGCCCAAGUAGAUAAGUGUGGAGGAGUAAUUCAUGGAGCAUCGGGGCGUUUGAGUUACAAAUUGGACUCUUUGUAUGAGAACGGAGAGAGAUGCAUCUGGUUGAUUCAUUCACAAGCCAGCUCGGAAAUUCAAUUGAAAUUAGUUAAAGAAGGAUUUGAGCUGUGUUGCGACUACGUGCUUGUCAACACCGUUGAUACAAGCACAGGACAAAUGAACAACUUGACAAUAACUCUAACACGAGAAAAUAAUACCCGAGUUUUCCCAGGAAAUCUGGUGAUUGUCAGCUUUAGGUCUGAUGCGUCUGUAACGGGGAAGGGAUUUGUUUUAGAGUACACCGGUCGUGGCCAAGUUCAACAUCCUCACAAGUACACGCUCAUCCAUCUCGAUGAGGUUCUUGGUUCGUAUUAUUACCAACGACAACCCGGUGGGAGUGCUGAUGGGUGGUUUAGAAAUUCGGAAAACAAUAACGACGAGGAAGUUGAUGAAAACGAGUUGACGAUAAUUGCUUACAGUACGCAAACUGACGCAGGAGACAAUACACUUUUAGUCUUCAAUGUCACAAUAGAAGACACGGUGUUUGGAGUGGAUGAAAAUUGUAAAUUCGACUCGUUGAACUUUUAUACGACUCCAUCACGAGAAGGAUUUACGCUCGGAGAAAGUUAUCCUAAACUGGAAUGUGAGACUACUCUGCAUGGCUGUGGAAAUUGCUCGCAUAGCAAAUUGGUUGGAAAUGACACCACGCCGCAUACUUUUUCUUCUUCGUUCAGAACUUUUGUAGGUAUUUACAAGCCUGUCCGGUCCUCCGUAAUCACAAAUCAGACAUUUCACAUACGUUGGGAUACUUCAUCCGGAUGUGGAGGGAUUGAACACCAAGAAGAAGGAGCUGGACGAAUUACAUAUAAAUUAAAUGCAAAAUAUAAAAACCUCGAGCAAUGCAUUUGGACAGUUUACAUUGCGAACGCAGCCAAAAUUCGCUUCCUUCUUGUGAGCAAUGGAUUUGAAGCCUGUUGUGACAAUAUAAUUUUGAGCUCGCUUGAUCCAAUUAAGGGAUCAAUUGGCACCUCAGCAAUCUUAAAGUCUGGGAGUAUAUCGGCAAUAAUGAACGGUCCCGUCGUAUUUGUAGUAUUUCGAACUGAUGCCUCAGUUACAGGCGAAGGAUUUUCUUUAUCAUACACCAGCUUAAAUAACACCUCAGUCGCCACAACUAUUGCUCCAACUUCUUUAAGUCUGCUCUCUAACGACUCUUCUUCAGAAGUUGAGGAGACAUCACCAACUCAACUACCCACAAUCAACUAUUAUCAUUACCAUUUCCACCGGCGCAAUUCGUCCUUUACUUAUCCUUUCGGACGUAGAACAUCCUUGGGAGUGAAUGAUAUACUCACCAUUACAUUCAGCCCUGAGCCCUACAAAAAUGAGUCCUUUCUGCGAUUUGGAACCGCAGUGAGCAUAAAAGAACUCAAUCUUUAUGUCAACAAUGAGACGUGCAUUUCCGAUUCGCUGAGAUUUUACGAGACGCUGACUGUGGCUGGAUUUAACGCUUCGAGGUCAUACAGCAUCCCAACGUCUCCCAAUAGCAACAACAGUGCAAUUUCUUCCUGUGACGAGGUCGGUGACGAACAAUGGGUUUGCGACAACUGUUUCCCUAAUACGACAACAACUGGACAACGCACCGUGUCCACCACGUACCCAGCUUUCCUGGCCAUUUACAAGUCAGUCACUCUGCCCAGAGAAAGGGAGAAGCGUUUUAAAAUUGAAUGGGCGGAUUUGCAACGCGCAGACACAUUGCUAGCUCCCACUACCCAAAGGAGUGUGGGAUACUAUGGCAGAUAAGGAAGAUGCGUGUUUUAUCCAUGGGCAGCAACAGGAAAUUAGCAUUAGAAUUUAGGAUGAUAUGGGUUUCCUGUUAUGCUUUUCAACCAUUUCCAUGCGCCUCUCUUUGAAAGUUACGCCAUGAAUUUGUAUAAUAAAAAUCAUGUAAAAUACA